CUGGAGAGGCCAGGGUUGCCGGGCGGACCGCGGGAACGCGCUCCGGGGGGUGGGGACGCGAGCUCACGACUGCUCAAUGACAAAUCGAGUCGGAACAGCUGGGGUCCGGCCCCAGGACGGGGCGGGGCGCGCGUGAGAACGGCGAGUCUGUUUGUGCGCACGGCCGGAGCCGCGGUGGGACGGGUCCCCCAGCUCUCCAUCUGGGCCGUCUGUCCGUGUGUCAUCGCCUCAGACCAGCAGGAUGGCCGCCAACAAGGGCAAGAGCCAGGGCUCCCUGGCACUUCACAAGGUCAUCAUGGUUGGCAGUGGAGGGGUCGGCAAGUCGGCGCUGACGCUCCAGUUCAUGUAUGACGAGUUUGUAGAAGACUAUGAACCCACCAAAGCCGACAGUUACAGGAAGAAGGUGGUCCUCGACGGAGAAGAGGUCCAGAUAGACAUUCUGGACACAGCCGGCCAGGAGGACUAUGCAGCCAUCCGAGACAAUUACUUCCGAAGCGGGGAGGGCUUCCUGCUUGUGUUCUCCAUCACUGAGCACGAGUCCUUCACUGCCACAGCCGAGUUCAGGGAACAGAUCCUCCGAGUUAAGGCCGAGGAAGAUAAAAUCCCACUAUUGGUCGUGGGCAACAAGUCUGACCUGGAGGAGCGGAGGCAGGUGCCCGUGGAUGAGGCCCGGGGCAAAGCGGAAGAGUGGGGUGUGCAGUACGUGGAGACCUCAGCAAAGACCCGUGCCAACGUGGAUAAGGUCUUCUUUGAUCUGAUGAGAGAAAUCCGAGCAAAGAAGAUGUCGGAAAACAAGGACAAGAACGGCAGGAAGAGCAGCAAGAGUAAGAAGAGUUUCAGAGAGCGAUGCUGCUUGCUGUGAGCCGUGAGCCGGCCAACGACGGAGCGCAGAGCCGGAGCUGCGGAGCAUGAGGCCAGAGGCGACUCCAGCCUGGCUUCGCUCUCCACAGCUGCAUUCACCGUCACUUCUUUAAUGGGACAGACGUCUGUGUAUCAGUGGCUGGCAGAAGUCACCUUUGUGUGGUAGAUCUGCUGACUUCGGCAGGAGCUUUGAGAAUCCCCCCCCCCACACACACACCCCAACCAUGACAGCCACCAGCUCUGGGACCUGGAGAUCCCAGACAGCUGAGUUGGGAUGCCAAGAGGAAGUAUUGCCACAGUAUCUCAUUCUCCCUAGUUUUAGGACGCGACCAUCUUUUGUUUGAAAAUGAAAAUGCCUCAUUUUAGCUGGGCAUGGUGUAAGGCAGGGAGGGUAGCCUGAGUUCAAGGCCAGCCUGGGCUACUUAGCAAGAGCCUGUCUCUAAAAGAAAAAAAUUUAUGUCUUAUUUUCUUAGGUUUUAGAAAAGGGUCUCUGGUAAGACCCUUUGUCAGUUCUUAUCAGUUUAGAAGUACACAGAAAAAUCUAAGCUCUGGUAAUACUGAAAAAACAAAAGGAUUCUUUUCUUUCUUUCUUUCUUUUUUUUUUUUUUUGUAAAGAUAAACUUCGGUGGCUUGGAAGCAGAAUUAGAAAGAUGAACAUCACUUGGGCCAGAUAGGCUGAAUCAAGCUUCCUGGCGUUUGAAGGGAAAGUGGGGUGUUGUUCUCUUUGUAUUUAAAUGCCAGCCAGGUGCUGGCCGUGGGCUUUCUCUCCUCAGCACCCUGUGUAGUGAGGGAACUUUCUUUGGGGGGAUGUAGGCCUGUCCUCAUAGCGGGCUUGCUUUUUCUGACUGGGUCGUGUUCAUAUCUUCCGUUCCCCUCCCACACCAGCCUUAUCCCUGGGUUCCACUCCGCUCCGCCAGCAGGGAACAGGCAGUCCUAUUAUUCUGUUCUUUUUCUUUCUUUUGAAAAAUGUGACCAGUUCGAAUUAUGUCCCAGAACAUAAAGCGAGUGCCAGCCCUGGCCCGUCUGCUCCCUUUCCGGACACCCACUGGGUAACUCCCAAUUCACAAGUAGGGGAAGGCCUUCACCUGCAGCUCCCAGCAGCUGGUUCUGAUGGCACUGAGAUGAGCCAGGUCCACAGGCUGGAGCCCACUCCCUGGUUAUCUGGAAGGGGACACUGGACAGCAGGCUGCCACUGAGCACACACACUCCUCCCGUCUUUCAGAAGUGAACAUUUCAUGUUUAGGUGCCGAACGUGAAUCUGGGUGGGGAGAGCAGGAGCCCUUCGCCUGGGUGAUUUUCAGAUGUUGUGGGAAUGAAGGUCUGAUCCCUGGAAACCGAUCUUGUGUCACUUCCAAAGAAUCAUGGGCUUUUUUAAAUAAAAAAAAAAAAUGCAAAAUACA